AUGAUUCUCCAACAGCAAUUAUUUCGAAAACCACCUACUUCGACGAACUGUUUCAGUUUAUCGCUGACUUAUUCAAUACUUCCUCGCAAGACAUCAUGCACCAUUAACAUCUUUAAGCCUGAUAUGGAUAAGCUCUUUGGUGGUAUCUUUGAGCACUCAGGCAUGUUGUCUGUGCUCGUAAAAGGUCAAGCUGUGGAAGUUGAGCUUUCAGAAAUUGAAGGACUGUUCGGACUCACUGCUAUUGAUAACGGACGAUGUCGUUUAUUCAUCAGACGUGUCAAGAAUGACAGUACUGAGUCUCGUGCUCGACCAGCACUCGACAUUGGUCAGCUGGUCGAAAAAAAUGACGAUGUUCUUGUAACUGGUAUGCGGCACUGUGAGGUCGUACCUAACUUUCGAGAUAUCCCAAUAGGCAACACUUUCAAAAUGCUUGUAGUUUCACCAAAACAAUCGGGAUUCUAA